GAGACACUGACUGAGGCAGUCUGCAGAAGCACGAGGCGAGAGAUCGGAGUGAGGAUUUAUUUGACAGCUGUAUUUUAAAAGCACGAUCUGAGUGGCCAGCAGUGGGAUACUUUCAUCCAAUCAUCUUUGGGAUUUGACAGAUACAGAUGGAGGGAGUGCUGAUUUUAAAAUCUGCAUCUCUUCCCAACUGUUCCUCUCAAGACUCGUCUCCCCCUUCGCCACUGGAUGCUCAGGAAGAUUCAGAUCUCCAAGCAUCUUCUGCUGUGACUCCCUCCAUAUGUGUUGUCGCUGCACCACCUCCGCCACCACCACCACCUCCUCCUCCUCCGCCUCCUCCGCCUCCCCCUCCUCCUCCUCUCACUACCACUUCUUUUGGCUCUCGUGAUGUCCAGAGACGAUCCAUGAAAAAGCUGAACUGGGACACCAUCCCCAGCCAGCGCGUCCUGGGCAAGUUGAACGUUUGGACGUCUAAGCGGCCUCAGAGGGACCUGGUGCUGGACAUUCGCAGCAUGGAGGAGCUGUUCAGUCAUGUGGACAAACGGGCAUCGAUACGCAAUUCAAGGGUCAUGGGUCUGAACAAGUUUGACGGCAUGGACCUCCUCCCACAGGAGCCUCAGGUCACAAUCCUUGACUCUAAAAAGAGUAUGAAUAUCGGGAUCUUCCUGAGACAGUUCAAGAGGCCGGUGACAGAACUGGUACAGGACAUUCGUCAGGGGAACUGGCUCAGAUUUGGAACAGGCAAACUGAAAGAGCUUUGUAAACUGCUACCAGAAGAAAGUGAGAUGAAGCAUCUGCUGUCGUUCAGUGGGAACCUGUCUGUGUUACCUGAGGCUGACCAGUUCAUGGUGCAGCUGGUCAAAUUGCCGGGCUACGAGGAACGCCUGAAAACGAUGGUGCUGAGGGAGGAAUUCUUUCCUCUUAUGGAGGAAGUGAAGAACUCUGUUGGUGUCAUGACCAAAGCAGCUAAUGAGCUGUUGGACUGUGAUGAACUCCACUCAGUCAUUCGGCUGGUGUUGAAAGCUGGGAAUUACAUGAACGCUGGUGGCUACAGUGCCAAUGCCAUCGGCUUCAGGAUGACGUCUCUGCUCAAGUUGGCAGACACCAAGGCCAACAAGCCUGGCAUGAACCUCAUGCACUAUGUUGCCAAGCAAGCAGAGGACAUUGAUUCUGAGUUGCUGACUUUUCCCAGCCAGCUUGAAAACAUCGGGAUGGCAGCAAGAAUUUGUAAAGAGGAGGUAAUCGCAGACUUUGAGAGAGAGGUGAAGAAGAUCAAGGAAGUGAAAUUGUACAGCAGCACACAGCCUGGCUUCUUGCAACAGAUGGAGACGUUCCUCAUGAGGGCUGAUGCCAAGCUGGCCGACGUGGAAUCCUCUCUCCAGGAGCUGAAUGGCCUGAGCAAUGCUGUUGCUGAGUACUUCUGUGAAGACCCGGCGACCUUCAAAAUGGAGGAGUGCUGCUCUAUCUUUCAUUCUUUUUGCAAGCGGUUUGAUACAGCUGUAAAGGAGAACCAAGAGCGAGAGGCUGCAGAGCAGAGGCGCAAGCGGAAGGAGAGCAUCCGUAUUACAGGAAAACGACGCUCCACAAUGUCUGGCCCGGUACCUGAGCCUGGUCGGGACUCGGCCAGCUUGGAGUCGGCCUUACACAGCUUUCUGACCAACGUUCCAGAGGGAUUAGUCAGAUGUAGGAGGAACCUGCUGCCCCCAGUCGAAGGAUCCCCCAACGGCCGCAGUCCUCGCAGUCCUGGUCAGUCAGCAGAAAAAACGGAGACUACGUCCUCUACUAAACAGAGGAGGCCUGAGAAGAAACAACCCAAACUGCAGAAAGAGCAAGUAGCAGCACCGGAAAACAAGGAGGAAGCUGAGAAGAUGCGUGUGAUAACUCGGAAGGUGCUACGCUACCAAAACAGCAAAAGUAGCCUUGAUGGGGACAGAGUCUCAGGCACUCCGCGGCGCUCGGGGAGACCGCAAGACUCUCUGGCUACUCCAAGUACCCCGCGGCCUAGGACCAGAGACUUCUUCUUUGCCAACAAUGGGGACGUGGGCUCCCCGUGGACUAUCCUGAGCCCUUUUACUUGUUCUCAAAGAAACAUCCCUAAGCGAAACAGACAAGCACACCAACAGAGACUGUCCUCGACUUCUGGUGGAGAUGACCUGGAUGAUGGAGUGUGGGAGAGUGAUGAAGGCAAUUGUCUUCCCAAUCGGGACAGUCUAACAUCUCCAUCCGUGGGUACUGCGUCUCUUCCCGAGUGCCCCCACCAGAGGGCUGUGUCGCAGGCUCCCAUCCUCAGGUCUAUCUCCAUGGAUGAAACAAGGCGAUCUCCAGCAUCUGGUUUCCGUCUGGGGGACAUGUUCCAGAGAAGCAUGUCUCAAAGGUCAUACUCGUCCGGCUCAAGGACAGAAAAUACAAGAGAAGAAGUUGCAGGAGUCUUUCCAUUGAAUCGCUCUAAGGCGAGGAAUCGUGUGGAAGGGCAAGUGAGCAGCUCUGGGCUUAUAUCCUUCUUCAGACGCAUUGGAGGCAGAAGUAAGCCUGGUGAUGUGGAAGAACAAAACUUCAAAGGAUCUAACACUUGAUUAAAAUUUUAUUCAGAGACAGAAACCAAGCUUUGUCAUGUUUUUGUGCUUUAGAUUGUUAAAAUUUGUUUGUCCCCCCCCCCCUACCCUGUCAUGGUUUUACCCUUCAGUGGAACCAAGGCAACUGAGGACUUGCUUUGAACUGAGGACUUUGAUUUUUGGAAGUCAAACCACGUUCAAAAAUCGUAACAUCUUUUCUUUCUUUUUUUGUCUUUUUGUGCGCAAUAAAGGGUGACGUUCUACCUUUUUACUUUAGUUGUAUAUGGAAUAUGCACUUACCAUACCAUUACAUUUAAGUGUUAUGUACAGCGUUUCUGGUUGAAAUGUCUCCCCAUCCACCCAUGUCAUUGAAAUCCUUGAAAGUCUUAGUGGUGCUGAUGUCUCCUUAGUGACGCCUGCUCAGUUUCCAGUACUUACCUUUCACUUCAUCUAUUAUUUCUUCUCUCGGUCAGUCUGGCUGGAAGGCGGCAGUUCAAGUAGCAGAGAAGUUGGGCUCUUAACUUUUUGGGCUCAGAAAGACAAAUUCAUCCAGAUUUGUAGACCAUAGGUACAGUACAUUCAUUUAAAUUUCAAACUUGUUGCAAAUUCUCUGACAAGAAAAUUACAUUUGAAUGGGACACAUUGUUGUUGAUGAACCCACACUGGGUAUUUCCAGCCCCCUCACCCCUUGGCUUUCAAAUGAUCUGUCCACCACCACUGUGCCACCCUGGUGUCUCUGCUCAGCAGUAAGUGAGAUUUUGGACAGAAAGAGACAUUCAGUUGAGUCACUUGGGCAACAGGGUUUUAUUUACACCCAUUUCAUUUGAGCCCUCGGUGUAAUAAUACUCUCUGGAACAAUCUGGUCAAUACAGGCUCCUUUCUGACUGUUCUGUUGUCCUCCCCACAUCCAUCCCUCCCACUGGCGCUAGCUCAAUGGGGACAUUUGCAGUCGCCUGGCAUUUCAAAUCAGGGGGCAUGAUGAAUAGAAUGAAUGGGGGGAAUUUGGGAAAUAUAUGGGCAGUUUUUUUGUUUUUUUUAAAGAAAGUGGGCUACUAUGUGACAAUGAAAAUGAAGUCUUUAGCUAUAAAUAUGCAAAUUCUCCUUUGUGGUUGGUCAAAGCAGAGGCCUUGCACACAACAGUCUGGUACUUAAAGCGCUACAUCAGCGGUCACUGAGCUGUUUGAUGUCAAAUGAGAGCUGUUGAGGACCAUCUCAUGUGAGUCGUCUCCUGAGGACAUGAGGUGACCUGCUGUCCUCACCAAGUUGCACUCUCACCAGGGCUAUCCCUCAUCAACUGGGUGCUCAGAGUGCGUGUGUUUGUGUGUUCGUGUG